AAUCAAUAUUCAAUCAUCGUCGCGGCUUAGAGGGCAGGAAGAGCCCUCUUCCAGCACGCAACUACAAUAUCUUCUCUGGCUUUCUCCUUAUCUACGCGCUCUUCAUUCAUCUGCCUCUCUUUCUGUAACACUAUUCACUGAAUUCAAUCUUUUGGGCAUAAACGGCUUCAUGGGUGUAGUGUAAAUUGAGUUCUCUAGAGGUUUAAAUAGAAGUAGAAAAGGAGGUGUAAAAUUUGGAGCGUGGGAUUGUUGAUAUGCAGCCUGGUGGUGGUGGUGGUGCAAAGAGUUCAUGGGGUUUAAGGAGUUUGAUUAGGAGAAAGCAAGUCGAUUCUGUUCAUGCUGAUAGGGAGGGCCGCCGUCAGUUGGCCAAGAGGUUAUCUGCUUUUGACCUGAUCGCCAUUGGAGUAGGAUCAACCAUUGGAGCUGGAGUCUAUAUUCUUGUUGGAACAGUUGCUAGAGAGCAUACCGGCCCAGCUCUUACUAUUUCAUUCCUAAUUGCUGGGAUUGCUGCUGCUCUCUCUGGAUUUUGCUAUGCAGAGCUUGCAUGUCGCUGCCCAUCUGCUGGGAGCGCCUAUCAUUAUACAUACAUUUGCCUUGGAGAAGGGAUUGCUUGGUUGAUUGGUUGGGCACUGAUUCUGGAAUAUACAAUUGGUGGUUCAGCUGUAGCCCGUGGCAUAACCCCUAAUUUGGCGUUGUUUUUUGGAGGGGAGGAUAAGUUGCCAUUUCUUUUGGCCCGCCAUACCAUACCUGGUCUUGGUUGUGUGGUUGAUCCGUGUGCAGCGGCUUUAGUUAUUAUACUCACUUUGCUAUUGUGCAUUGGAAUCAAAGAGAGUUCAUUGGUACAAACCAUUGUCACAACAAUGAAUGUGUGUGUCUUGCUCUUUAUCAUAAUAGCCGGUGGAUGUUUAGCUUUCAAAACUGGAUGGGUUGGAUACGAACUUCCCAGCGGUUAUAUUCCCUUCGGAGUAAAUGGGAUUCUUUCUGGGUCAGCAGUAGUGUUCUUUUCAUACAUUGGUUUUGAUGCAAUCACCAGUACUGCUGAAGAGGUGAAAAAUCCUCAACGAGAUUUACCCAUUGGUGUGGGAAUGGCUUUGUUUACGUGUUGCUUUCUGUACAUGUUGGUAUCCAUUGUUAUUGUUGGCCUAGUGCCAUAUUAUGCGUUGGAUCCAGACAUCCCUAUCUCGUCGGCAUUUUCUACCUAUGGGAUGCACUGGGCAGCGUAUAUAUUAACAACUGGGGCAGUGACCGCUCUCUGUGCGAGUUUGUUUGGAUCGCUUCUUGCUCAGCCGCGAAUUUUGAUGGCGAUGGCAAGAGAUGGAAUGCUUCCAUCCUUCUUUUCAGAUAUCAGCAAACACACCCGAGUUCCAGUGACGAGCACAUUGACAACUGGUAUCCUUGCUGCAGUGUUGGCAUUCUUUAUGGAUGUUUCACAAUUGGCAGGGAUGGUUAGUGUUGGCACGCUGCUUGCCUUCACUGCUGCCGCAGUCUCAGUAUUAAUUCUCAGAUAUGUUCCACCAGAUGAAGUGCCUUUUCCAUCAUCAGUUCAAGAUACUAUUGAUUCAGUGUCACAGCAGUUCAGUAUUAAUAUGCAAAAGUCUGACAAUGACUUUCCUGAAAGUAGUCAAUAUUCACCUGAUGACAGCGAUGCUUGGGCUAAAUAUCUUCUUCUUGGAAAAAAUAGAGGUCAAGAUGAAUAUCAACAGAAGAGGUGGAAAAUUGCUGCUUGGAGCAUAGCCCUUCUAUGCAUAGGAAUUGUUGUCCUUGCUUUGGCUGGUUCAGCUCAAGGGCUACAUAGCUUUCUUCAUGUUGCAUUGUAUUUGGUGGGUGGAGUUCUUCUUUUGUGCAGCUUGAUUGUUCUGGCCUGCAUAGAUCAGGAUCACGGGAUGCAUAGCUUUGGGCACGCUGGAGGUUUCCUUUGCCCGUUCAUCCCAUUCUUGCCUGCUGUUUGCAUUCUCAUCAACACAUACUUAUUAAUUAAUCUUGGGGCUGGCACAUGGAUCCGCGUCUCAAUAUGGUUGGCAAUAGGAGCACUAGUCUAUCUAUUCUACGGCCGAACCCACAGCUCGCUGAAACAUGCAAUCUACGUGCCCUCGGCUUUUGCAGACGAGAUCCAUCGCGCCUCAUCAAAUCACUUGGUAUAGAAUGUGCAGCAACAAACAUUGCUUUCCCUUACUUCAUCAAGAAGAAGAAUUCCUGCUUGUAUUGCAUACCAUCAUUUAUCUUCUGUCUACUGUAAAAUUUGUAUGGCUGAUGUCUGAUGAACAUGACAUCAGUCUCCUCUGAAUUGUUGUAGUCUGAUCUGGGGAGAAUUGCAAUGUAGGAGUGUAUGUAACAGGAGUUCAAUUGGAAACAAAAUGUGUUGUUUCUGUAUUGUUUAGAUAUUGGCAAGAGAAAUUCUUCAUCUUUAUUUACUCA